GUGUAUGUAAUGCACACGUUGCGGCCAAGGACGAGAUUGUUUUAUUAGCGCUCUACUGGUUCAUCCCAUCUGACUGAACACAGCAGAUAUCCCGUUACCAGUUCACGACGUGGGCUGUUCUAAUUCCAAUAACUCGUAUGAGCGGGAGCCAUUCUGGGCACGGAGAUCGUAGCGAUGGCGGUGAUGACGUCACUCCCGAAACGAAGUUAUGGCAGCUAAUGGCUGACGGAGAGGUCUACGACGCCGUCAAUUAUGACAAUAAAGAUUAUGCUGACGCCGCCGGUACUGAUGAUGAAGAAUAUUAUGACAACCACGUUGAUAAUGAACUAUGAAGUGUUGUGAAGCUGACUCAAGUAGGAAACGACGACGCCGACGGUGAUGUUAUAUAAAAGACAACAACAAAUACUGUUGCUGCUGGAGACAUGGGAGUGAUUGUGGUGACAAUCACUAAACCAGGUGAUUAGUACAAUAUCAGGAAUAUUAGUAUAAUGAUUAGCAUUGUGAUGCCAACGAUGCCUUCCAUAUAUUAGGAUAUGACGAGCUCUAACAGGAAGAAGCGAGGUGUCAUGAAUGGAUCCAACAAGAAGCUAGGUGUCAUGACUGGGUCCAACACAAAGAAGCUAGGUGUCAUGACUGGGUCCAACACAAAGAAGCUAGGUGUCAUGACGGGCUCCAAUAGAGAGAAGCUUGGUGUCAUAACGGGCUCCAAUAGAGAGAAGCUAGGUGUCAUAACGGGCUCCAAUAGAGAGAAGCUAGGUGUCAUAACGGGCUCCAAUAGAGAAAAGCUAGGUGUCAUAACGGGCUCCAAUAGAGAGAAGCUAGGUGUCAUGACUGGAUCCAACACAAUGAAACGAUGUGUCAUGACGGGCUCCAACAAGAAGAAACUGGGUGUCAUGAAAGGCUCUAGCAGGAAGAAGUGGGGUGUCAUGACUGGAUCGAACAGAAAGAAACGAGAUGUCACGACAUGCUUCAACAGGAAGAGGCUAUGUGUCCUGACAGGCUCCAACAAGAAGAAGCGAGGUGUCAUGACAGGCUCCAACAGGAAGAAGCUAGGUGUCAUGACUGGCUCCAACACAAAGAAACGAGGUGUCAUGACUGGCUCCAACACAAAUAAACGAGGUGUCAUGCCCGGCUCCAACAGGAAAAAGCGGGGUGUCAAGACAGGCCCCAACACAAAGAAACGAGGUGCCAUGCCUGGAUCCAACACAAAAAAAAGAGGUGUCAUGACUGGCUCCAACAGGAAGAAGCGGGGUGUCAUGGUGGGUUCCAACACAAAGAAACGAGGUGUCAUGCCUGGAUCCAACAGGAAGAAGCUAUGUGUCAUGAUGUGCUCCAACAAGAAAAAGCUAGGUGCCAUGACUGGAUCCAACGCAGCGAAACGAUGUUUCAUGACAUGCUUCAACAGGAGGAAGCGAGGUAUCCUAACAAGGUGAAUCCUGAUAUACCGAUGGAGUCAAACGAGAAGUGUUGACAUAGACUGGUACCUCAGCAGAGAUCGCCAAGUACGAGAACACUUUGUGAAACGUUUGUUACCGGUUGCUUUCGUUAACAAAGACCAAGUUCACGUAUCUGCACACAACUUAACAUACUGUUGCUGUUGUUUUUAAUUCUGUUCAUCAUCA